AUGAAGAUUUUCGCAAGAAGUCUCCCGUGGGCAGCAGCUUUGCUCCCAGCUACAUUCGCUCAGAAUGCGACCAUCACCCUUACUCCAGCAGCUACCGGCUUCGACUCAGACAACGCUGCAUUGAUCUACGCAUCGUCACCAAUUCUACUCGCAAACGAUGGGAGUGCAGCAGAUGGCGGCUUUCGCACUUUCUCAACCUCCAACUCCACAAACUCGACUAUAUUUACUGAGCGCUCGCAUGAGCGAUCCGGGCGCACAAAGAUCGCUAUCCCGGUCUACGACGUUGGUGGUCGGGAUGUCAUUUUCAACAUCCCUUCACCCAACUCAGUCAUCAGAGCUUACGACGUCGCGACUGGGAGCGAGAUCGCAGGAUCACAAAAGUAUCAGUUGGGCGACUGGAGUGUAGCGCGGAACUGGCGCAGUCAAACGAGUGGGGAGAACUAUGUGUUCCUGUUCGGCAAAAAGAUGGUUGUCCAAUUCCUCGUCAGGGGUAGCAGUGAUGAUGCGCAGAUUCUCGAGGUUCAAACCUUUUCGAUCCCCAUCGAAGGUGAAACGGCUGCUGUCUUCCCCAACGGACAGGUCUUCUUUUCUGGCGGUGAGGGCGAUACAUUGUAUUCUUUCCAAGCUGCUGAGAGCACCACAGCACCUGAGGUCCGCACUGUCGGCGAGGAUCUCAAGAUCGAAGGUCUCGGUGCAUACCACAGCAACUCAAGUGACUAUCUGCUCAUUGCACACGACGAUAUGAUAGAUGUCUAUGAUGCAAGCUUCAGUCCGAAGGGUUCAGCCAGUCUGGAGGGCAUUGCAGACCUAUCGAUUGGAGGCGACGUCUCAGUACUGCAGUCUGUGUCCGCCAACUACCCCUCUGGCGCUAUUGCAUUUGCUUUUGAAGGCGAAGACGACACAGGCAUUGCGACUGGAUCUCUGGAAAGCACCCUCACAUCGCUCGGUAUUCAGGCAAACAUCAACUUCGACCCUCACACCAAGCUUUGCGGGUACUGUGUGAGCCCUAUCUCCGAUGCCUGCUCGAACAACGGUUUCUCCCUGGUCAACAGCACCUGCAGCUGCUUGGCUGGCUUUGCCGGCGCAGACUGCUCGCAGAUUACGUGUCAGAAUGAUUGCUCCGGCCAUGGCAGCUGUGAUGGUCCCAACGUGUGCAAGUGCGAGGCUGGUUGGGCGGGUCCUGAUUGCUCAUUUGUGGCGGUCAAAGCGAAGUAUGAGACCGAGGCCAAUGGCGGCGAUGGUGACGACCCAGCUAUCUGGAUUCAUGCCACCAAGCCGGAUCAGAGCAGGAUCAUCACCACCACCAAGUCACAAGGUGGGGAGGGUUUUGGCGUGUUCGACCUUGAGGGAAAGCUGCUACAACACUUUAUUGCGCAGGAGCCCAACAAUGUCGACAUUAUCUAUGGUCUUCCUGUUGGCAACCACAGUGUUGACCUCGCAUACGCUGCUUGUCGUGGUGACAACACACUCUGCCUGGUAGAAGUUACCAGCGAUGGCUCGCUUAAGAACAUCACUGGCGGCACACAGACCCUCCCUGAGGACUACGAGCCCUACGGAUCCUGCACCUACCUCUCCCCUAAGACCAAAAAACAGUACCUCUUCGUCAACAACAAGAAAGCCGAGUACCUUCAAUACGAGCUCUCCGCAACCGCAAACGGCACCCUCCAGACAUCCCUCGUCCGCAAUUUCACCGGCGGCUCAGGUGGUCAGGUUGAAGGCUGUGUUGCCGACGAAGCUGCUGGCUACAUCUUCCUCGGUGAAGAGCCAUCCGGUAUCUGGCGCUACGAGGCUGAGCCCGACGCUUCCAAUGAGGGUUUUCAGUUCGCCAAGGUCGGUGACGAUGGGCUACAUGCUGAUGUUGAGGGCUUGACGCUCGUGACUGCGAAGAAUGAUACGGGUGGGUUUAUUAUGGUGAGCAGCCAGGGAAUCAGCGCGUAUCUUGUGUAUGAGCGUGCGCCGCCGCAUAAGUAUGUUACGACGUUCACGAUUGUGGAUAACGAGGAGAAGGGCAUCGAUCAUGUUACGAAUACGGACGGACUUGCGGCGGUGGCGAAUAAACUGAACGCUGAUUUCCCGUACGGGCUUGUCGUUACGCAUGAUGAUGCGAACGAGCUUGCGGAGGGUGGCACGAGCGCUGAGGCGAGUUUCAAGUUGACAAGUUUGGUCGAUGUGUUGGGAGAGGAGAGGGCGAAGGCGCUGGGGUAUUAG